UUAUUUCGCAAAAUGCGGUCCAUUUUUGCGAUCAUUUUGUUGGGCCUGAUUCACGGUACCGGUGCCCUCGAGUGUUAUAAUUGUCAGAAUAUAGAGACGCCAUCAGCAUGUAAUCAGUCGCAGUUGUGUACUGUAGGUCAGUCAUGCUUUUUGGAGGCAACAGAUACAGCCCAUGGAGUAUUAUAUCAGAUGGGAUGUUUAAGCAAUGCAAUGUGCACAAUCCAAGAUACUAACGCGCCUGGGAUCGUUGGUCGCUCAAUCAUACAACGACAACAAACCUCUUGCCAUGAAUGCUGCUCGAAGAGUAUGUGUAACGACCAGUUAUGCGCGCACAGCAAACCCACAGCGUGUGUGGAUGCAGAAACGUUUGACUGCGCACAAGCAAACACCCUCUUCAGUAUCUGUAAGGACGUGCAGCAUGCAAAGGUCGCUUGUCCUCGCUUCUGUGGACUUUGCAACCUAGUUGAUGGAAAUUGGGCCGCGUGGUCACACUGGUCGCCUUGUGACGUCACGUGUGGAAAUGGUUCGAACACCCGCACGCGGACUUGUACAGACCCUGCACCUGCAAAUGGAGGCCUUAAUUGCACAGGGGCGGAUAAACAAAACAGGGAUUGUAUGCUAGACAAAUGUCCAGUCCAUGGUGGGUGGAGUGACUGGUCAAGUUGGGGCGCUUGCUCAGCGACAUGUGACGUCGGUCUGGAGAGAAGAGAUAGGACCUGUACCAAUCCAAAACCUGACCUGUUUGGGGACCACUGUUUUGGAGAUAACCAUGAAGAUAGAGUUUGCCGCAACACAUCAUGUGCAGGUGAUGGUGCAAGGAUUGCAUUCAGCGCCCUUCUAAGUACUAGUCAAACAAGAAGUAGUGGUCAAACAAUUGUAUUUGACAGGAUUACUGUGAACCAUGGAAAUGGCUAUUCUUCAUCUACCGGACAAUUUACCGCACCGCAGGCAGGAACAUACCAGUUCGGUUUCAGCAUCAUGUUUUAUGCGCCCCUUUCCACCGACAAUGAGUGCGGAUUUUUCCUUAUGAAAGGCUCAACUCAAGUUUUGAGAAGCUGGAGUGACACACAUUCAGGAAAAAAUGGAUAUAGCCAGUCUAGCAUUUUUUCCCGUGCCUCAAUUUGUCAACAAACUAGCGUGGUCCUCAUCAUUACCUGGAAAUCGACCGGUCUACAAGCAAAACACACUGGGCUCUGACAGUAAGAUGACUGAAUAGCCACGUAUCAUGAAACACACUCUUAAACUAAGAGAAAUGUUUUAUAUCCAAUGAUUAUCCGCAAUUGUUUUGCCAACACAUUCGACCUUUUUUAAUUUUCAUUCAAUAAAUGGCGGCUUAGUAA